CCAUUUGCAAACCUCCCCGCCGACGCUCCGCUUGUAAGCAAGAUCCUUCGUGCCUCGCAGCCAUGGUUCCCAUGCCUCGCAACUACCAGCCGAGGAACAUCCUAACCACGGAUUGGACCAACUUGGAGAAGGCAUUUAACCACCGCAUUGAGACAGGCUGUAGCAUCCGCACUGCGUGCAACCUUUUUGGAGUGAAGGCUUCGACUCUUGGGGAUGCUUUCACUCGGUCCCUCAAGGAGAGUGAUGGGAGGACGUUCGUGCCUAAGCACCAGAACAUCAAGAAGGUUUUCACUGAUGCGCAGGAACACUUCAUCGAGGAAUACUCGAUCAGGAUCGCGCGCAUGUUCUACAUGCUGCCGACGAGAGCUUUCAGGAGGAUGGUCCUGAAGUAUGCAGAGGCUGUUGGCAGCCCAUCUAUUCCUGAUGUCUGGAGGAGGGGUAUAUGUUCCGUCAUCCAAGGCUUGCAUUGA